GUCUUGUAAAUCAACUUGGUCAAUCCUACCUAAAUUACGCAGUUGAAUUCGAAUGAAGGUGAACUAGAAAGACAAAAAAACAAACAAAACAAAUAGCACACAGGAAGAACAAGGAGAAAGAAACCACGACUUUGCAUAAAACACUUCAUUUUACGAAUGUCCUCACAAAAUACCCAAGUAUGCUAAACAUUACCACUGGUAAUCCAUCUUCAUCGACAGGAAUGAAUCAUAAUUUCAGCGAUAAUUUAACUAUGUAUACAUCUCAGAGUAAUUCUAUAGACUAUAAACACAUACCUUUAGUGUCAGAGUUCAGUGAGAAUUUCACGCAUCCAUUAUCAACAUGUACAAAGGACGGUGUACAUCAUCCAUGCGAGACAGUGACAAAUUUAGCCUAUCCAUUAAAUGUUUCAUUGCCUUAUCCUCAUGCGUAUUAUUCACAACACCAGUCUCAUUUGAUUUUAUCUAAUCAAGAACAAUCACAGCAACAGUCAAUGAAUUCUACUGUAGCCUCGAUGUCGUCUAAUUCUAACUGGAUCAAUUGUAUCAAACCAUUAUCAACAGGGAAUAAUGAUAAUAAUAAUAGUAGUAAUAAUAAUGCAUCUUCAACACCAGAGAUUAUUUAUUCUAAUUUAUUAAUACCAGGAAUUGAAUCAACAAAAUUACAUUUGGAUUAUACUAAAGCAUCUUUAACAGAUAAUCAUAUGAAUGAAGCAUUUUUGUAUUGUAAUACAUCAAUGAUUAAGUCGAGCUUAAAUGAUCAUUCACUUAGUAGGCGUAUGUGUAGUGAACAGUCGACUAACUGGUGUCAAAGAAUAAACGAAUCAAGGAGUGCUAUGCCGAAUAGAAACAAUCCCGAAAAUGGUGACUGUAAUAAUCGAGACGGUAAUCAUGGUGUACAACAGGAAGACGAGGAAGAUGAUGAUGAUGACGGUGACGGUGACGGCGAUGACGAUGGUGAUGAAGAUCAAAGUGAAAUUGAUGAAGACGGUGAUCCUUCACAAACAUCAAAUGCGAAAGAAGUCAAUAAAUCAUUCUUAGAUAAGGCAAGACAUCGUUCCCUGUAUGAAUCUGAAUAUACAAAUGGUAAUGAGAAUUCCAUAUGUUCAGAAAGUCAGAUGAAAUUAAAUCCUUUGAUCACAAUAAGCCACGAAUCCAUGACAGGAGUUAAACCGGACUCAUCUACAUCAUCAUCACCAUCGCUGUUAACAUCAUCUCAAUGGCCGAAUAAAUAUGAAUGCAAAUCCAUAAAUUAUCAUCGUUUAAUGGGUAGAAAUUCUCAAUCUUCACCAGUCUGUAUGAAUCAGACAAUCAAUAAUAAUAAUAAUACUGACAAUGUUAAUGACAAUAAAAUUAACGAUAAUAUUAAUGAAAUCACUAAGGAUGGUGUAAGUGAAAAUUCCAGUGUCAACAAGUCACAUCUAUGCAACAAUUCCACUGAGUUAGAUGUUAUGGUUCAAAAUCAAAUUCUUGAUCUGCCAUACUCAGAAAAUCUGACUUUAGAGGAAACAAACCGACGUAUGUCAAUCUAUUCACAAGCAUCUUGUUUUCAACAAAUUAAUUCAUUCCAACAUCACAAUAAUACACUUUUAAAUAUUUCUAAAAUUCCGCCAAAUCAAAUAUUUAAUAAUUUAAACAAAUCUCUAUCUCCUGUACAAAGAAAACAAUUUCAUUCAGAUACAGUAAAUGAACUAAGAGAUGAUAGUGUUCUGGAGAAUGGAAGUAUAAAAGGUGAUCAGAUCAAUGUGAUAUUUAGUCCACCAAAUUUGAAUAGUUCAUCAUCUUAUGAGAUAAAAUCUCCAAUACAACAGCACUUAUCUCAUUCACAGCAAUCAAAGCAACAACAACAACACCAACAACAAUUUCCAACACAAAUUCCUCAUUCUGCACCAAUCUAUACUCCCGAACAAGAUAUCACUUAUCCCAAAUAUGGAAGUCAUCUGUCUGCGAUAGAAAAACUACAAGCAAUUACUCAGUCAAGUAUUGCUGCUGCUGCCACUACUAUUACUACUCAUACAAAUAUCAAUAGUACAUAUUCUAAUCUGGAAGAUUUAAACUUAACCUAUGAUGAUGACAGUACAGGACCAUCAUCAAAUAUUUCAUCGAAUGAAACAAACUCAGAAUAUUUAAAUUAUGAAAAGUGUAAUAAUAUUAUGCAUGACAAUAGUGAAACUACUCCCAAUAGUAAUAUAAGUAAUACUAGUAGCAAUUGUAAUAUUAUGAGUAGUCAUAAUACAUCAGAAGGCGGGAAAUUGUCAUCAGGCAAUGCAUGUAUGAAACAAAAACGCCAUCGUACUCGAUUUACACCGAAUCAAUUGAAUGAACUGGAAAGGGCAUUUUCAAAAACUCAUUAUCCUGACAUUUUUAUGAGGGAAGAAUUAGCUCUACGUAUCGGUCUGACAGAAUCACGUGUACAAGUAUGGUUUCAAAAUCGUCGAGCCAAAUGGAAAAAACGAAAAAAGUCUGGAGCUUCAUUUCGUUUAUCAAUCAACAGUUCAUCUUUUGCAAAAAAUACAGUCUUAACAACAGAGAAUUCUACGAAACUUGCUGUUAGUGAUGAAAGUGCAUAUCGUAAAAUCAAUAAUCUUAAUUCUAAUAUUAAUUCAUAUACACAACGGCUAGAAUUAACACCGCAGACAGACAGUCCAGAUUGUUUAAACUGCCCUAAACUUGAAUCAAACCCUGCAAAUAAUUUAUCUCUACAAAAUCCUACUACUUAUUUCGGUGAUAGUAGUUCAAAUGGAAAUCCAUUAUUAUUUGAACAUUCACAGUUGAGUCCUAGAAAAUUGCAAACAAAUUCAUAUCCAUUUUUUUCACAAUUAGAACAUAUUACAAAUAAUGUGAAGACAAACACUUAUUUUACUGAAUCAAAUCCUUUAAAUCAUUUUGAUCAAAUUUUACAACAACGUUUAGGAUUAUCACAAACGCACAAUAUAUCUGAAGUAAAUUCCGUGAAUCAGAUUAGCAACCGAAAUGAUGACCAACACUUUAAUGCAGUUCAAGGUUGGCAUAGGAAAAUUGAUUCCCUACUUACAAGACAAAUUAAUUGUAUUCAUGAAAGUUAUCAAGAAAAGAAAACUUCACCCUACGAAUCAAAUUUAAUUUCACCGUCAAAUUUCUCAGAGCAUUUAAAUGAAAUCCUAGCACCGGUAUACAUUCAUCAGAAGGAGUUCAUCAAAAACUUCAAAAUUCUCCAAAUAUACAAACUACAGAUUUAUCUACAAGAGGCAUAACAGCAAUUCAAUCCUCCAGUCUAUCAACAUCAUCGAACCUGAUGUCAACAGAACGAUUGAAUAAUUUUUUAAAUUCACAAUCAUAUCAAACAAAAACCAACUUUUUGUGAUCUUUCUUUUCAUCGGUAGUUUGUUCCAUCCAUUGUGCAAUUAUACAUCAUUACUGAGUUUAGUAAGAAAGGUAACUCAAUGAGAAAAAUACGUAGGGAAUCUUUGGUAAUUGGAAUUACUGCCGUAACGAGAAAAAGGAAGCUCUUCCUUAAAAAAGUAGUAGUAUAACAUCUGAAGGAAAGUAGUAUUGUGCACGUUUUUAUUUCGCCACUACAAUUUUUCCCAUAACUCCCUUUCUUGACGGGGGUUUCGACUUUUCUUUACCACACAGACGUACGCACCUUUAUUUUCUCCUUGCACAUAUACUUACGAACAUAAUUAACUUUAUACAAUAGCACCCUAAGGUAAUAUAAAUUCGUUUUUAUUAGAAAUUCAUGAUUUUCUUUUUUUUUUCUUGAAACAUUUUAUAAUAUCAGUUGACAGUUUCUCUUUUUUUCUCUCACAAUAGUUAAUGAGUUGUACAGAUUUAACUUUAUAUAAAAUGUACAUAAUAUCUUCAAUAAAUAUGUAACACAACU